UUUAACCACACUAUAAAGGUCCAGGGAACAAUGAGGGCGGGUUGGUUUUAAGUUCUUGCAAGUUUCUACAACAUUGACAGCCUGUAUCACAAUGAGAGAGUGCCUUUCCAUCCACGUGGGCCAGGCUGGCGUCCAAAUGGGCAACGCAUGCUGGGAACUCUACUGCCUGGAGCAUGGUAUCCAGCCGGACGGAAAGAUCCCCAACUCCCACCUGGACAGCCAAAUGGAUUCGUCAUUCGAGACCUUCUUCUGCAAGACGGGAGCUGGGAAGCAUGUCCCCCGAGCGGUCUUCAUUGACCUGGAGCCCUCCGUCAUAGAUGAAAUCCGCACCGGGACGUAUCGUUCCCUCUUUCAUCCGGAGCAGUUGAUCAACGGCAAAGAAGACGCGGCCAACAAUUAUGCCCGCGGCCACUACACCAUCGGGAAGGAAAUCAUUGACACGGUGCUGGACAGGAUCCGCAAAAUGGCUGAGCAAUGCAGUGGUCUCCAAGGUUUUCUGCUCUUCCACAGCUUUGGUGGAGGCACAGGGUCAGGCUUCACCUCCCUUUUGAUGGAACGGCUCUCGGUUGACUUUGGUAAGAAAGCCAAGCUGGAGUUUUCUGUAUAUCCUGCACCACGGAUCUCCACAGCGGUGGUGGAGCCCUACAACUCCAUCCUGACCACCCACACCACCUUGGAGCACUCCGACUGCUCCUUCAUGGUGGACAACGAAGCCAUCUAUGACAUAUGUAACCGGAACCUCAACGUUGAACGCCCAACGUACAUCAACCUCAACCGGCUGAUUGGGCAGAUUGUGUCGUCCAUCACGGCUUCUUUGAGGUUUGACGGGGCUUUGAAUGUCGACCUGGCGGAAUUCCAGACCAACCUGGUGCCUUACCCGCGUAUCCACUUCCCUCUGACCACGUACGCCCCCAUCAUCUCGGCGGAAAGGGCCUUCCACGAGCAGCUCUCUGUGCCAGAGAUCACCAACGCCUGCUUUGAGUUCUCCAACCAGAUGGUGAAAUGUGACCCUCGCCGGGGCAAAUACAUGGCUUGCUGCCUCCUCUACCGGGGCGACGUGGUGCCCAAGGAUGUCAACGCAGCCAUUGCCGCCAUUAAGACCCGGAGGUCCAUCCAGUUUGUAGAUUGGUGCCCCACGGGCUUCAAGGUGGGCAUCAACUACCAGCCGCCCACAGUGGUGCCCGGAGGGGACCUGGCCAAGGUGCAACGGGCCGUCUGCAUGCUGAGCAACACCACGGCCAUCGCGGAGGCCUGGGCCCGGCUGAAUCACAAGUUUGACCUCAUGUACGCCAAGCGGGCCUUUGUCCACUGGUACGUGGGGGAAGGCAUGGAGGAAGGCGAGUUCUCCGAAGCCCGGGAGGACCUGGCCGCCCUGGAGAAGGAUUACGAGGAAGUAGGGCAAGAUUCUGGGGACCCUGGGUCUGAUGCAGAGGAGGACCAAGAAUAUUAAGCACCCCCAGUGCAAGAAAACAAACUUUUAAUGCCACCAGUUCAGAGUCUGAACGGCUCUGCCUGCACACAACACAGUUGCUGGGUGUCCUGGUUUCUCACCAUACACUUUAUUGUCCUCAGCUUCCUGGU